UGAUGAGAGUGCGUCUUUUUUUAAAAAUGUUUUAUCGUCCGAUAUACCUUGAAGAGUCCUGUUUUCGUCGGUCUUUUUCCACUGGUGACAGUGUGUAACGUUCACUUCCGUUUUCUUGUAUUUGCUGGCCCGAAGCAGGAGGUCAGAGACAAAAAGCAAAAAUGAGCUACAAAGAGACUGAGUCGUUGAUGAGAACGAGAGUGACGAGUGAUUUUCUUCUCAGGAGUUCUUUUUUUUGUAGGAGAAAAGUUUGAGAUGGGAGUGCGGAAGAAAAAGUAAGCGAGUGCUGGACACAAAAUCUUCUGAAUAUGGCGGUAACACUUCUCAGGUUUCGUUUGCUCUGGUGGUUGCGCCAGAGUUCUCUACUUUUCUUUUCCUCGCAAAGGAAGCAUCGGUAGCAAGAGCAGUUUGUUAUAAUUGUUUCGGAGUCUGCCUGUUUCUUGUUUCUCAACAACAAGCAACUACUCGUUUGGCGUCACGAAAUUUUCUGCUGAAAAUUUUUGUCUACGUGGUUCGGUCAUUGUAAGGUCUUUUCAUUCUCUAGAAUCACAGAUCAUCGUAAAGUAAUUGGAAUAGAAAAUAUUAGAGUAACAUUAAUUUGGCAACUGAUACGCAGAUAUUAAUUGAAGAAAGAAAAUGGCGACGACACAAUGCAGUGUCCGUCCGGACGGGGUGGCAGUGAUUGUCAUGGACAAUCCUCCUGUGAACUCCUUGGCGUCGGGCCUGGUGAAAUCCUUCAAUGAGAACUUGCAGAAAGUGAUAAAAGAUCCGGCAGUCAAGGCUGUCGUUGUUACGGGUAAAGGACCGCUUUUCUGUGGUGGCUUCGCAAUAGAGGAGUUCGCAACUGCUGGACCGCAAGCGGUAUGUUGUCUUCUUGGAUUUUGUAACCUUAGCACAGGGGCUCAACAUUAUCAAAAUUCCUUCUUGCUUCCGAGGUAAUUUUUUUGACAGUCUCUUCAUACUAUCAUGCGUACCUGCUGUGAGUUUGUUUGAUGGGUUUUUCAGUUCUCGCUAGUAACUCUAAGGAUGGAGAGGAAGUACCAUUAUUUAUAUCACAGUUUCUUAUGAUGGGGCGGGGUUUUUACAGCCGGCAAUCACCUGAUAAGCUUUUAAUUUGCUAAUACCAGUACUUAAAAAUACAGGUGAUGAACAUGCAUGCGAUGAUAAAUGGAUUGGACGCCUGCCCGAAGCCAACUGUUGCGGCCAUGAAUGGCCAGGCCUUGGGCGGCGGUGGUGAGGUCGCUCUCGCAUGUCACUACCGUGUUGCCACGGAAACCGCGCAAAUUGGUAUUGGAAAUGAGACUUUGAGUCGACAUUUUGAACUCGAUCAUGAUCGUGACCUCACUACAUCAGCGAUAGAACCUUUUAACAACUGUAACUUUUUUUCCUCCACUUUUUCUUUGGUUGACUAGGUUUUCCGGAGGUCUUGCUCGGUUUGUUGCCUGGCGGACAGGGAACGCAACGCUUGCCUCGUGUCGCACCAUUCGAUGUGGCCUUGCAGAUGAUCAUGACAGGACAGAGCGUGAACAUGGUCAAGGCACAAAAAGCCGGCAUUGUGGACAAGGUCGAGCCAAAGGGUAUUUCUGUUUAUUUGUCACCUUCUGGUACCAUUAGCAUAACUACAUGUUACUUCACCUGUUUCUAUUGAAGAUGUUGUAAGUACAACGAUUACGAUAUCUAUUAAUAAAUGCAGGUUCCAACCUGAUCGAUGCUGCGGCCGCAUUUGCGUUGACGAAAGGCCCGCGACCGAUUUCGAAGAUGAAAGUUCCAGUCGCCAACAAGGUGAUGGCACAAGGAGGCGGCCUCGAGAUGGCAAAAUUGCAGGCCUCCAAGAGCGCGCGAGGUAUGAUUGCGCCAGACUCCAUCGUCGAGUGCUUUCGCGCCGCUUGCCUCGGCAAGAGCUUCGAGGAUGGUGUGCAAGUCGAACUCAACGAGUUCGGCAAACUUGUCAUGUCACCAGAGAGCGCAUCACUGCGAAACAUCUUCUUUGCCGAGCGAGCCGCGCUCAAAGUCAAGGGCAACACCGCAAAGCCGGUGCCAAUUAAAAAAGUCGGGAUUAUUGGCGCAGGCCUCAUGGGAGGCGGAAUCGCGAUGAACUUCCUCAAGAAAGGCAUUCCAGUCAUCAUCAAAGACGCAAAAAAGGAAUGGCUUGACAACGGCGUCUCAACGAUCAGAAAAAACUACGAAAUUACGGUAAAAACAACAGCAACAGCUACGAAUACUCCUUCUAAUUUUCUGUUCUUGCAGAGUCUGAACUACAAUGAGAAUAGAUGCGAUUGCUCCGAGAGAAAUACUACAAUGAAUACGAUUGUGUUCCUGUUGUAAUCGCAACGGUUCGUUGUUCUCAAAUUUCAGUCUCAACACCAUUAUAAUAGAGUAAGUAAAAUAUCGGGUUUCGAGUUGCAACGAGUUGCUCGAGUUGCCGAAGUGAAGGGCUUCAAUUCUUGAACGAGUUGCCACGAGUUACCGGAAGCCAUCCGCUUCAUCGGAAUGCGGCGCAGCAGGGCGGUAUGGGCACGGUUGUGGCUGCGCGAAGUGAAGGAGUGGCUGCUUUUGUUGUUGCUCUCUCAUGAGAGGGGCGGCCGGUUGUGAAGGGCUCCCCAGCGAGCCCCCCCGGCUUUUUUUUUUUUCGCGUGUGGGCGCGCGUUCGAAGCACAGCCGGGCACUAAGGGGCCGACGGCUUCGCCUCGUUGUUUUUGUUUGAGGGGAGAGAGUGUCGCUGUGGCUUGUCGUUGGGUCGGUGCCAGUCUCUCCCUUUUUUCUUCGGAUGUGUUCGUGGCCAGUGCCUCUCUUUUGGGACUGAGAGCGAGCUCCCGCUUGCUUUGGAGAGCGGCCCACUCAGCUGAGGAAGCAAGUAGAGAAGAGUAUGUGGCGGAUGCCUUGCGUGUUUGAUCAAGUGGCUGGGAGGAGUUCCCGAGCUGAGGGCGGUCACUCACUCUCGUCGUUGGUGCGCAUUAAGAAGAAAACCAGGGAGCGGAGGCAUGUCGUUGAAUGUCGUAUGCUCCUGCUAAGGUAUCCCAGAGUCUCACAAAGCUGCGCCUGAAGGGCGCCGCGCAAAAAAUUGCGGCGAGCAACUCGAGCAACCCGAGAAACUCGACCCGUGACGGGCCAAAAAAUUCCUGACUCUAUUAUAAAUAUGUGACUCUUAGAAGUCCUUCCAUUUCCCCAUUGCUCACUACGACAGGUGUCAAAAGGCAAAAUGAAGCCUGAGAAGAUGAAGCAGCUUAUGGGGCUUCUGACCCCAACGCUUGACUACAACGAUUUGAAGGACGUGGACAUUAUCAUCGAGGCAGUCCCGGAGAUCAUGUCCCUGAAAAAGGAAGUUUUCACGGAGCUCAGCAAAGUUUGCAGGAAGGACUGCCUAGUUUGCACCAACACGAGUGGUUUGAACAUUGACGAGAUUGCGGCUGUCUACCCACACUCGGAAAAAGUGAUGGGAACGCACUUCUUCUCCCCCGCGAAUGUGAUGCAACUAUUGGAGAAUGUGCGCACCGCGAAAGCUGACGCCGUCACACUUGCAACAUGCAUGGCUAUGGGCAAACUCAUCAACAAAAAAGCAGUACUCGUCGGAAACUGCGACGGCUUCGUCGGCAAUAGAAUGCUCGGUAAAAACUGCUCGCAAUCUUCUCUACAACAACUGUCGCUGAACACAAAUAGUUACUGCAACGAAAUCAAGAUUGGCAUAGACAUCUGCCAUAUUACAACCUUCACACUAAUAUGAACCGACUGGUGCUUACUUCUCAUUUCUCAACCUCAAAGGUCCCUACGGCGCAGAGGCGCGUAUGAUGGUUGAGAUGGGUGCAGAUUUGGGCGUCGUCGACAAGGCCGCAUUUGACUUUGGCAUGCCCAUGGGUCCGUUUACCCUCUUUGAUCUCGUAGGAUUGGAGCUAUUCUGGAAGCAGAGAAAAGCAGCUGGAAAUAUGCAGCUAGAAACCAAGGUUUCUAUCGGCCCAUACGAAAUGGGUGACUGGCUCUGCGAGCAGGGACGAUACGGAGUCAAGACGGGACGUGGUACUACAUAACUUGGUCGGUGUUGUGCUGUAAUUCCUGUUUCUUUUCUUGACUUGAUAUAGUAGGACCUCAUUAAGUGUCACGUUCUCGAACAUGAUCAAUGAAGAUGAAGAUCUUGAAUUCAUGUGUUCCAUGUGCACCUCUAGGUAUCUUCCUGUACGACGCCAAGACCCGCAAGAAGCUGAAGUUGGACCCUGAGGUGCCAGCGAAAUUGGCUGAGAUCCAGAAGCAGAAGGGAGUUAAGCCGAGACCCUUCACAGCGCAAGAGGUGUGCGAGCGCCUCUUCUAUCCAUUGGUGAACGAAGGAUUCAAAAUUUUGGAGGAAAAUAUGGCUCAGCGUCCGAGUGAUAUCGACAUCGUCUACGUUUACGGGUAUUCAUCAUGUUUUCUGAAAAAGGAAGCGCUGAAGACAACUAAACCUAUGUUAGCAUCUCUGUCUUUAUAAAAAGAAAAACUUGAAUGCAAACUGAAAUUAUUCUCAGAAAAUUUUAAUUUUAAACCUUUCUUUUUUAUCUUAACUUCCACUCCUCCUAUUACAGAUACGGCUUUCCGCCAUACAAGGGAGGUCCGAUGCAUUGGGCAGACAACAUCGAAGGACUGGAUAAUAUCCUCGCUGGCUUGAGGAAAUACGGCAAGGAACGCACAGCCCUUGUCGCGGGGAACAAGAGCUAUCGCAAUGUUGAGUACUGGACGCCCAGCAAGCUCUUGGUUGAGUGCGUCGAGAAGGGAAAAACCCUGGCGCAGGUCUGGAAAGAGAAGGAAAAAGCAGGACCCAAGCUUUAAAAGGUUUGUUGUAAUACUCCUACUCGACCAACAUUUUAAUUCUUGCGUAGAUAUUACGCGUAAAUAACGGCGCACGUCGGCAUUUCUGCUUCUCAAUGGACGAAGUACUUGUUAUUUGAGGCGGAGUGGGUCAAGGAGGUUCGGCUAUAGGGUCACCCCAGAUGACGCGAAAACGAAGUGGUCGCAUCAAGGUCGCUUUGCUCUUAUCAAUUUUUGUAUUUCCAUGUUGUUCUUGCAGUGCGCCGUCGCACUGUUGAAUCUUCAGAGAAGAUGUCUCAAAGUUUUCGCUAUCACCCUGCGAAACCACAACCUGCCGAUAAAACAAGCAUCCCUGUGCAUCGGCUUUUUUUCCUUCAUGAUUGUUCUCUUGAUGACAAUACAAUUUUCCCAUGAAGCAGGGGAACGACAAGAACGUCCUCUCUCGUUCCACUAUUUUUUCAUUCAAGAUUUCUAAGUCUAUUGGUCAAUCAUCGCUAAGUAUGGUCAACUAUCGGCUAAUAUUUAUCGUGUAUUCAUUCACAGAAGUGGUAUUCCCUCAAAUACUGACACGACCGUAAGAAUAUAUAUUGUAUUCAUCCUCUUGUGAGUUCUGUCAAUUUCUUUUCAUGUUCAUACUACUCAGCACAAAUCGAAGAGGAUUUCUAACGAAGAGAUAUAUUCGACGCAAACUACCAGCAUAGGGGGAUAGAGGUUACAUGAUUUUUGAUGUUAGGGAAUCAAUUGUUAAGCAGCACCACGGUUACAUGGCAAUGGCCUCGAUAUCGGCGUGCAUUUCUGAUUAUGUCUUCUAUCAAUUUUGAUUUGGUGAGUUAGCGUUGCUUUUCCUCCAUCGUCCAGGGAGGAGAUCAGCUUGCUGUCCAGUUCUUAUGAUUGUAGGGGCAUAGCAGUGGUACAACUGUAUGCGGUCUCUCUGGCAAUCUGGUUGGCUGUAUCCUGCAAUACGACAAAAAGGAUCCCGAUCCUGCCAAUGCGCACGUUGUAUGCGUAUUGACCGAACGCAACGAGUGUUACGAUAAAAGGUAGAAGUAAGAAGUACCCCUACACUAAGCAACACACACGCACGUGGGUCGGGAACAUACUAUAGGAGCAAAUGCAUAAUUUAUGGAUUUUAUUUGAGCGUCGCAGGAAUUGAUGUUUCGUCUUGCUGAUGAUGAUGCACGGUCAUUUGAGAUGUAAAGAUGAUGAUCACUUUGUUUUCCGACUACAGAUUGAAUUACUCCGUGAUUUUUGCCUGAACAUACAUAUUCCAUCCAGUGUUGCCUACGCGUUUUCAUAUAGCGCAUAGGUGAAGAGGAAGAAAAAGACAAGACGGGUAAAUGACUGUGACAAUAUUCUUUACGCUUUUUUCACAACGUCUAUAGGAUUCCUCGUUUGUGU